AUGGCUUCUUCACGUGCAAUGGUGCUAAGUGCAAAGCUCCAUGCAUUUAGUGCUGAUCAUAAAGCCACCACACUCAAAACAACAAUAUCCACAUUCUCAUCUUCAUUUCCGUCGUCAAUAAUCCCGGUUACGACACUAGCACUUUCAAACGCGAUGAAAACAACUCGUUCUUGCAUAACAAAAAUGCGGAGGCAAGUUCACAAUUCGACAAAUUGGGAACAAAUGGUUCAUCCUUCGUUAGAUCCUCUACUCCGACAAGAGAUCAUUCGUUAUGGGGACCUUGUAAUCGCAUGUUACAAAACCUUUGAUCUCGAUCCCACUUCGAAAAGACAUUUAAAUUGUAAAUAUGGUAAAAAAACAAUGAUGGAGGAGGUUGGAUUGGGAAACUUAGGUUACAAUGUAACCAAAUACAUCUAUGCCACGCCAGAUGUAGGCAUUAGUACAUCGUGUGAAAGUAGGUGGAUAGGUUAUGUGGCGGCUUCGUCCGACGAUGAAGUUCGAAGGUUAGGACGGAGGGAUUUGGUUAUUACAUUUCGGGGAACCGUUACCUAUAACGAAUGGUUAGUCAAUUUCAUGAGUUCUUUAACUCCGGCUAGAUUUAACCCUAAUCAUCCCCGGAAGGAGGUGAAAGUCGAGGCUGGAUUUCUAUGCCUUUAUACUUCAAGUGAGAAGGUUGGAAAAUUUGGCUUGCAGAGCUGUCGUGAGCAACUCCUAGCCGAAAUUUCCAGACUUCUAAAUAAGUAUAAAGGAGAAGAACUGAGUAUAACUGUCGCGGGUCAUAGCAUGGGGAGUUCAUUAGCUUUGCUCUUAGCAUAUGAUAUAGCCGAGCUCGAGCUAAACAAAGAUGUUCCGAUCAAGGUAUUCUCUUUUGCGGGGCCACGAGUUGGGAAUCUAGCGUUUAAGGAUAGGCUUGAUGAGUUGGGAGUAAAGGUAUUAAGAAUUGUGAAUGUUAACGAUCCAAUCACUAGGUUUCCUGGAUUUUUCUUGAAUGAGAAUUUUAGGUUUUUGCAUGAUCAUAGUUCUUCAUGUUAUGCUCAUGUGGGAACUGAGUUGGCUCUUGAUUUCUUCAACAUGGAAAACCCAUCUUGUGUUCAUGAUUUGGAGAGUCAUAUUAGAUUGCUUAGAUCUCCCAAGGUAGAAAUAGAUAAUGUUACUUCAAGAUAUGAAGAUGAUGAUCAUGAUGAUAAUAUGUUAUUUCAUGAUAGAGCCAAACAAGUGUUAUUGAGUGCUCAAAACUUGGCUCAGUUUGGUGUGGGAUUGGAUCAGUGCCUUAGUUUGUUUCAGAUCCUUUUAUUAGUGGGAGGGAUUUGUAUAUAUGUAUGUAUAUUUGAUCAUAGUUAA